AUGCCGCCUCAAGGAAGAGGAAAAGCCGCCAAUAAGGCCGGAAAGGCCAGGCCCGCUGGAGCCAAGGGCAAGAGGAGGAGGAGGGAGUCCUUCGGUGUCUACAUCUACAAGGUCCUCAAGCAGGUACACCCUGACACCGGUGUCUCCAGCAAGGCCAUGGGCAUCAUAAACUCCUUCCUCAACGAUAUCUUCGAGCGUAUCGCUGGCGAGGCUUCCCGCCUGGCUCACUACAACAAGCGCUCCAUCAUCAGCAGCCGGGAGAUUCAGACCGCCGUGCGUCUGCUGCUGCCUGGCGAGCUGGCCAAGCACGCCGUCAGCGAGGGCAUCAAGGCCGUCACCAAGUACAUCAGCUCCAAGUAAACUGCCUGACCCCCCGAGCAGUAUACCCCGGCCCUUUUCAGGACCACCCACAUCUUCCAGAAAGUCCCGUAUCGUGUCUCGAAAAUCUUGCAUUUUCAACACUGAUCAGUUGUUUAUGAAGUGCAGAGGAGAGUCUUGAAGAUCAUCUCUCUGGGUGGAAGGAGGAAUGUUCCCGACCUCCCAACACUUCGAGAAAGACGUGAACUCGCGGUUGUCAAGUUGUUCAAGUGUAUGCUCAG